AUGGUGGAAAUCACCGUGAAUACAACGGUGUUGGCUGAUGAAUUCCUGGCGCAUCGUCUGGGUAUGAUCCCCCUGCUCAGCAUGGAUGCAGCCAAAGUACUUAUCGACCAACGUCUAACCUUGGACGCGCUGUGCACGUCCGACCGUGGUGCCAUGCUUGUGACAUCCAAGGACCUAGUCCGCAGCAAUACCAUUGCAAAUAUGUAUUCGGAUGAGGCCACUUUUGGUCCUGUCGCUCCUCGUCAUCCUGAUUUUGGCAAGCCAGUGGGGCAUGGUACGCACGUCUAUCUUACGACAGAUGAUCCCAAUGCGCCUGGUGUAUCAAUUGUACAGCUUCGGAAAGGUCAGCACAUCAAAGCUCGGUGCAUUGCACGCAAAGGUUUUGCGAAGGAACAUGCAAAAUGGUCGCCUGUGUCCGCUGUCGGAUUCGAAUAUGACCCGCACAAUGCAUUGCGGCAUACAACUCUUUGGUACGAGUUGGACGCCAAAAAAGAGUGGCCUGAAAGCAAGAAUGCACACGAGGAGGAGCCUCCUGCCGAAGGCACACCCUAUGACCCUAGCCGUCGUGCUAACCGCUUCUACUUUGACGUGGAGUCAGUGGGCAGCUUGCACCCUGCAGAAAUUGUUGAGACUGGUCUCUCACUGCUAGAGUACAAAACUGCACAAAUUGUACAAGAGUUAGGUAUGCUACUUCAGCCCGCCGAUGCUGCGAUAGCAGCGCCCGGUGGUGGAGUGUACAAUGCGUACGGGGCAUUUGACGGUGUUUCCGCUGCUUACGGUUGA